AUGACUACAAUAGAUGGCCCUUCUUAUUUCAUGAAGUCUCUAGCUGAUGCUAAAAAUUAUUUUGGUUAUUUAGUUGUCAGAAUAAAUCUAUUAUGCGUUGAAGCUUGGCUUACUACCAUCUCAUUGGCUAUUUGUAAGGCUUUUGAUCUGCUUGAAAUGCUAAAGAAGGAAGAAGAGAUGCUUGCUGCCAUUAGGGAAAAACACCUAAAGGAAGGGGAAAAGGAGUUUUCUCAGGCUAUCCUAGAUGAUCGCACCAAGAAAGCUGAGGCAUGGCAUCGUGAUGCUGCAACUCGGGCUCGAUAUACUAAACCUGCACCACCUAUCACGUGUGCUACAUUUGCUCAAGAUGUUAUAGAAGGAAGGGCAAAUGUUUCACAGGCACAUGACCACAAACACCAGCCAAUGAUCUUUGGACCAAAAAGCCUUACAGGUGGAAGCUUGACAAGUGAGAGGGAAAGGAUGGCAGCCCAAGCUUUCCAACCUUUUCAUAGGAUGCCAACGAUAAGCAUCGAGGAAGCUGGUCUGAAAGAGAUGGAAAUGAUGAACAAAUGGAAGGAGAGGAAUGCAAAAAUGUUCGAAGAAGCUAACUCGGCAUGGUAUAAGGACCGCCCGAAGUUGAGACCGAGUGAAGAUGAUGAUGAUGCACAAGAGAAGGCGAGGGCAUGGGAUGACUGGAAAGAUGAUAAUCCUCGAGGUGCUGGCAAUAAAAAGCUCACACCCUGCGGGUGA